AUGAGCUUUCCUGACGAAUCAAUUCCGUCCAAUUCGGUGUUGGUUCUGAGCUCGAAAUUUUCGAACCGUUCUAUGAGCUCUCCCGUAAAAGUCCGCAAAAUUGGAGUUACUUUCCGCCUCCGGAGUCCGACAGAAAUUCAAUUUCACUUUUCGUCCUACGACUUAAAGAGAAUCGAGAGUCGGAGUCUGACGGGCGGAGGUAGUGGAGUUGAUCACACAUCUCGAGGCCAAAAAUCCGACUCCGGCACAGAUGGAGGCUCUUUCUCUUCUAAACGACAAAUGGAUAGUAGGCUAGUAUUCUAUCUCGACAUGAGUUCAUUGAAUCGUAGUGAAGCACAUAAAGUAGACAUGGUGCUUUACAUGAUUCCUUCCUUGAAAAUGUUAAGUUUGUUGGCAUAUGGUCUUUCCGAUGCUGAUCUUGGUCGUUUCUUAAGUUCAAGUAGACUAUUCCCCAACUUCAAACACUUGGAUCUUGGCUUCAAUUCUUUCAAAGGUCCACUCCUUGACUUUUUUCAAAACAUGACAUCCCUUGAAUUCCUAGAUCUUUUAGGUUUUGAUCUUACUUUGAUAUGGAACUUUACAAACUUGCUAAACAUGAUCCCUUCCUUAAAAGAGCUGCAUUUGUAA